AGGGGAUGUGCUAGAUCAUGGACCGUGUUUGAUGAAAAGUGAACGAACACAUCAUGCCGGUGCUUCAAGGUCAACGUGUUUUUGCUUUUUGGGAAGUUGCAGGAGAAAUCUAUGCAACAUCAAGCAGCGAACACACGAAGAUGCUGGACCACCACAGGCCUUUGAGGACUCUGUCGACCGACGAAGAGGAAGAGCCUCCUGGUUGAGGGAAACGACAGGUCUAGCCUGCUCCGCUAGUUUCCUGGUCUGCUUGCUGCAAUUCUUUUUCGCUGACGCAGCAGGAGCAGCGACCACAAGGGGAAUUCCUAUUCCAAUUAGGAGUGAUCAUGGCACGGGCACCAGAAGAAGAACGGUCGUCCCUCCACCACGUUUAGCACAUGCGUCUAAGAACGAAGAUGACCCUUCGCCACCACGUUUAGCACAUCAUGCGUCUAAGAACGAAGACGCAAACGACGAAGACGAAUUGGUCAACCCUCCUCGACGAGUACUGUCACGGUGUAGCACUUCCUAUCAACAAGAUUCUUCUUCCACUGAAGAAGACCACAGCAAGCGUUUUUGGCCUCGUGAGAGGAAGAUUUGGGCACUUACGGGGUGGGGCCUCUCUACGAACGCCACCUCCGCAACAGUAUGGCAUUGGCUAGACCACUAUCAGAACCAACUUGAAAUGGACCCUGCCAAUUUCAUCAUCUUGCUGUUUUCGCGGAGCAGACAGCGUGUUUUGGAGUUUACAGAGAGGUUGUGUAGGCAUGAAGAGGAAGAGGACGAGGUUGCUGUCGGAGGUCAAGUAGUAGAGGGAGGAGAGCGUAUUCCGCUUUCGAAAGUACACCAGAGGAAGAAGGGUGUAACCAACAAUCUCUUCGUGGAUUACACGCCUUACACAGUGGGUCGGAUGACAGCAUCGAGAUUUUAUCUGCUAGAUUUUGUCGGUGUACAACCUCAAGAUUGGAUUUUGCAAGCUGACGGCGAUGAACUAGCCAUGUUUCCUGGGAUGAUUGUGCCCCGCCCUAGUCGUGGCCCUGUAGUACCUCCAGAACAAUCUGGUGGUAGCAGAAGAACUCCACUCGUCGACUUAGUUGAUAAUCUGGACAUAAAUGGGGAGAAUGCGAUGUUCUCGCUGUUGGUGGAGCGCAUUGCUGGUGACGGAAAUUUGGAAAAACAAGUGGAGCCACUGUAUAGUACUACCCAGCAGAGCCGCUCUGAAACAUCAAUAAGUGAUUCAUCAACAAAAGUUUCCACAGCGUCUCCUCAGCAGGUUGAGAGAACCAAGAACACCCUCUUCGCUCAGUAUCCUUUGACUUGUGCCUUGCAACUGUUGAUGAUUGCAGCAGAUCCACUGAAGAUGAUACUUUUUAAGGGCACGCUACGAUCAGCCGGACACGACGUAUUUGGGAAAGUAAUGUUAAGGUGCUGGGUUGAAGCAUUUCAUUUUUACAAGCCUUCUUUAUACUUGUUAUGAGAUAGACUUUACUUAAAUAAGUAUGAGAUUACAACUACCAAAAAAUGAAAUGAUUCAGCCUUUAAUGAUGGCAGGCUUCUUUCCCAGAGAGCAUUUGCCACUGCAAUGGGUAGAGGAGAGAGCCUGGCUAAACGCAGAGGAUAAUGUAGAAGGGAGUGUUAAGGCGUUGCCUAAGUUAUAGAAACUCAGUUAUGAGUUAAUGUAUGUGAUAAGAAGAUGAUAAUGUUGAGUAUGUUGAUAUUGUUCCUGAUCGAGAUUAUAAACAUAAAGAUUAUCGUCCUUACCUCCUCCAUCAUGAUAAUGAUUACCAGCAUCAUGAGGUUCGCUAUCACUCUUCCACGAAGCUCGUGUUCUAAUGUCUAGCCUGAAGAUCAACAAAUUGAUGGUGCUACAACGACUGGCGCAACAGAGGAAUCCUCUAGUACUACAGGUAAAAAGAGGUGGAAGUAUGUCCUGGUUCACGGCAGUGAGGAGACCACAGCGCAAAUAGACGCUGUUAGCAGAAGCGGAACAGCUCAAGGACGAGAACACAUCCUAGAAUACGUAGAAAGAAUAACACCUGGUAAAGCCUAUGCAGAAACUGGAUACCAUUUGUACACUACGCUCCCAGAAGAUUAUACAGAAGAUAUGCAGCCCAAAGAACAUGAUGACCUCCAAGGACUUCUAGGACAACAUUUACCUUCACGACCAGAGACGUAUAUUGUGAUUCCAACUCCGACUAUAGGUGGCGGCCAUACACUGUUAUUGCCAAGACGUGGAAUGGAGGGGAUUUUUUCUGAAGAAAGUAGUCCUUACGAUUUGGCAGGGUCUCGGAUCAUGUCAGAUCGUGGCAUUGGCGGAAAGAGAAGGAAAAGGAAAAUAACUACAAUUACUGAUCAAGAAGCAAGUACAACUACUAGAAGUGAUCAACAAGGAAAUGUAUUACCUCCAGCACUUUGUUCUCAGAGAUUAAACGUCCGAAGAAAAAGUUCUUCCGCAGCACCGUCAUCGUCCUCUCAAGAUGACUGGCGUUGUCAUUGGUCGCAACAUCGCUAUGCCCGUAAUGUCUUUUGGGAAGAGCGGUAUCUUUCGAAAGGCGCAGACGCAAUAAAUUGGGCUGAUAUUCAGUCCGCCGCGAUGCUAGGGAAAGGUCCGGGACGAAAGCUUCUAACAGACCUCAUCAGGCGCAACAUCAAUAACGUCACUCUGCAAAGCACAAAGGACCAUGACCCAUUGGCUUUUGUGGAAGAGCAACAUGAUAGAAAAAGAAGCGCAAACUCAUCUGCUUCUGUUUCUGAGCAAAAGCUACGAAGCAAAGCCAGGAUUGUCCCAUCAUGGAUGGACAUGAUGACAAAUCCAUACGUGCCCUAUGACGCAACGAGGCCCGCAGCUAUUAGAAAGCCAGCAGAAGGACUAAGAGAAGGGAGGCAGGGAAGCAGGUACUUCUGGUUGUUUCUCAUGAUGAACGAAUUGGUCCAACAAGUCGCGGAACGAACGAAACCAAGCAGCGGGCACGACUGAUCGAGAGGAACGGCUGCGCCGUGGGGCUUUGUUUUGGUUCGUUGCUGAGUUGGUGCGCCACCUCUUGCUACGGUCAGGGGGUUGUAAGCGACUGCAGCUUCCGCCGUGCCUGCUCCCUCGUGGAGGGGGGAGGGCCGGGGAAAAAACCAGCAGGGCCGUCGACAUUGUUAUGCUGCGUGCUGGGAGAUGAUGAGGGAGACGGCGGCCAGCCUGGUAAGCGGUGGAAGUCGCCGGGGGUGGGGUGUGUUGGGUUUCUGUUUCUUUGCUUGCGGGUGGGAGCGGGAUUCUUUGUUUUUAGCAGGUGGGGCCCGCCUAUGCCCUCUAUGUUUGCCGCGGUAGUUUUUAGCGUUGCUUAGAGGUGGCUGCUUGGUCGUCUAACUAUAUUUUUCACCUUUGUCCGAAAAUUCAUACACCCCCGAAAAAUGCUGACAGCUGCAGUUGCACUUCCACUUUCUUCAACAACUCCCUAGGCGUUCUCGUUCCCUGAUUCCGUUCAUCCGUCCUUACCCUGGUAUGGUGAUGCUGUUCCAUUUUAAGUGGACGCAAGGUGCUGCCGUGAAACAUAGCUACUUGACAACGAAGGACGGUCUGUAUAGCGAGUUUUCGAACGCUGGACUCGGUUCUACAGGAACCACUCGAUUGACCAAGUGGGAUCGUGAGCUCUUGUGUUUGAAAAGACAUCAAGAACAACAAGAUCAGGAUGAGCAAGACUUUGGUCGACUGAGUAUGGCACAGAAGCUACAAUUCUUCAGUGAAAGUCCGGACACGGACAAAAUUCUAGCAUUGCACGGCUUUCGCGGAAGCGAUAAUGGCACAAUCGGUGACGCGAUACUUGAGAAUCAUCUCCUGCGACUCUUCGUUCUAGGAUGGGGCAGAGAAAUGAACAAGUGGCAGCGAGUUUCUUUCUAGAUUAGUAUCCGACUACGAUGAAAACAACAAGUAGAACAAGAUGUUGUAGGGCACGUCGACGUCGAGACAAAUAAGCGUGAUUAUUGGUAGCUCAAAUAAAUUGUUUCGUCGAGACAAAGCGUAAUUAUUUAUUGGCUAAGAAUUGUUUCAUUUUUACAAAGCACAAUCACAAUCACUAACAACAAGAACAUCAAAAGCACUAAGAACUGACACUGUUUAAACAUCGGAAAGCGCGCGUGUAGCGUAGAAGCCUCGACGAGACAAUACUACGUUUAAUAUGAGACUUGACCACGUUUUCCCAAAACGGAGUAGAGCACCAAGUAGAAUUAUACGGAGAACGAAGAAACAUACUAGGAGCAGUCGCACUAUCAUGACAGCACCAGCAGC